CAAAAUUGCCCUCUUCUUUAUUCCCGACUUGGCCUCUCACAAGUCUCAACCUUCCCUUUCUUUCUUAGAUUUUCUUUCAUCUCUGACCUCCUCCAUCCUCCUCCUCGCCCGCUGCAGUUCUCAGUUUUUCACGUCGAUCAGAUCUCACCCGGCCGGCCGCUGCUGCCCCCGAAUUUCAACACUCUCGAUUCACCCAUGACGCUUGGCUCAGGAGGAUCGAGUGUCGUGGUCCCUAGGAACUUCAGACUGCUGGAAGAGCUUGAACGUGGGGAGAAGGGAAUUGGAGAUGGCACUGUAAGCUAUGGAAUGGAUGAUGGAGAUGACAUUUACAUGCGCUCUUGGACCGGCACGAUAAUUGGUCCUCACAAUACUGUACAUGAAGGCCGGAUUUAUCAAUUGAAGCUGUUCUGUGACAAAGAUUACCCUGAGAAGCCACCAAGUGUUCGUUUCCAUUCACGAGUCAACAUGACUUGUGUGAAUCAUGAAACUGGAGUGGUGGAACCGAAGAAGUUUGGGCCGCUGGGGAAUUGGCAAAGAGAGUACACAAUGGAAGACAUACUGACACAGCUGAAGAAGGAGAUGGCAGCCCCACACAACCGGAAGCUUGUACAACCUCCAGAGGGAACCUACUUCUAGCCAUGAAGAAGGAAGGUGGCGGUGGAGGCUACUGGAGGAGGAACAUAUCCAUUGCCCGGUGGCAAUCCCGGGCAUAUAUAGAAGUUUGUAAUGGUGGGAACUGGGUUGAGGUUUCUGGGACAUACAAAGUGAAUGCCCCCUCCUUGAAGAAAAAAGCCUUACUUCUCCAGUUGGUCUGGGUCUCUCUCUGUCUCUCUAUGUCAUUUGGUUGGUUGCCUUAUUUUCUGUUGAAUGUGAUAUGUCCCGAAGAAGGAAUGCUGCUGUUUGAUUAAUGGGAUAAUUUUUAUGUGUGUCAUCAAUCAACCAUCAUAAGGGUAGUCAAAAGUCUUACAUUUUAUAUAUUGCCUCUUGGUCAUUUUCCAAUACCGUGAAUGCUUCUGUCCCUUCUCAUUAGUUACUACUACUACUACCAAAGCAGC